AUGCCUAUGUCUGGACACUUUCCAUUUUCUUUAUUCAAGAAGUGGGCAAUUUGCUGGUCUCUCAGAAACCUGGCUCAUCCCUCUUUGUCUGUAGAACCAUCAGUGAUCACAGAGACAGACUCAGUUACUCUGCACUGUCAGCCUCCAUACUUUACCUCUGAUUCUCUGUGCUACUUUAUUUUAAAUGGAGUCGUCCAGAGCAGCUCCACCUGUGUCCAGACUGUGAGAGGAUCAGAUCUGCUGAAGGACCAGAGUCCUCCUGCUCAAGUAAAAGUCCAGUGUUUUUACACAAUCAAUGGGAAAUGGACCAAUUCUCUCUACAGCAACGGACAAACUGUCACCAUUCACAACCUGGCUCAUCCCUCUUUGUCUGUAGAACCAUCAGUGAUCACAGAGACAGACUCAGUUACUCUGCACUGUCAGCCUCCAUACUUUACCUCUGAUUCUCUGUGCUACUUUAUUUUAAAUGGAGUCGUCCAGAGCAGCUCCACCUGUGUCCAGACUGUGAGAGGAUCAGAUCUGCUGAAGGACCAGAGUCCUCCUGCUCAAGUAAAAGUCCAGUGUUUUUACACAAUCAAUGGGAAAUGGACCAAUUCUCUCUACAGCAACGGACAAACUGUCACCAUUCACAACCUGGCUCAUCCCUCUUUGUCUGUAGAACCAUCAGUGAUCACAGAGACAGACUCAGUUACUCUGCACUGUCAGCCUCCAUACUUUACCUCUGAUUCUCUGUGCUACUUUAUUUUAAAUGGAGUCGUCCAGAGCAGCUCCACCUGUGUCCAGACUGUGAGAGGAUCAGAUCUGCUGAAGGACCAGAGUCCUCCUGCUCAAGUAAAAGUCCAGUGUUUUUACACAAUCAAUGGGAAAUGGACCAAUUCUCUCUACAGCAACGGACAAACUGUCACCAUUCACAACCUGACUCGUCCCUCUUUGUCUGUAGAACCGUCAGUGAUCAUAGAGAUAGACUCAGUUACUCUGCACUGUCAGCCUCCAGACUUUGCCUCUGAGUCUCUGUGCUCCUUUAUUUUAAAUGGAGUCAUCCAGAGCAGCUCCCCCUGUGUCCAGACUGUGAGAGGAUCAGAUCUGCUGAAGGACCAGAGUCCUCCUGCUCAAGUUAAAGUCCAGUGUUUUUAUACAAUCAAUGGGAAAUGGACCAAUUCUCCCCACAGCAGUGAGCAAACUGUCAUUAUUCAGAAGCAGUGA